AACUGAUUUGGUUCCUGCUUCUACCUCUCACCCAAUCACCCUUCUCUCUCAUGUAUCCUUCUCCUUCUGACUUCUCGUCUCCAUUCUCCCCUCUCUCUUUUUCACCUUUUUAUACCCUCCCCCUCACUUUCCAUCUCUGACUAACACCUCUUUGCUUUUAAUGUACUAUCUCUCUAUCACACAGCUUGAAGACCAUGCUGACCAGUGCCCUGAGGUGCAGACGGACUGUGUUUAUAAGAAAUAUGGCUGCUCUGUCCGGGAGAAGAGAGCCCAAGUUCAAGUUCACGAAGAAAACGCUCUCAAUUACCACAUCCUCCUGGUUCUGGGGAGCAACACCAAGCUGGAGACGCAGAUGGAAAUCCUCCAGCAGGAGGUGCUGCUGAGGCACAAAGAGCUCCAGGAGAGGAGCCGCCAGGUCAGCGGUCUGGAGAAGGAGGUCCGCCCGCUGGCCCAGCAGGUCAGCCGUUGUGACAACACCCUGUCUGCAGUACAGAGGUCUUUGGAGGAGCAGAGGGACCACAUCUCCAGCGUCCAGCUCCAGCUUGAGGAGCUAUCCAGUGUGUUUGGCCCUGGUGUGGCCCGGGAGGAACUGGGCCAAAUCAGAGCGUCCCUGGACGCCCUCAGACAGCAGGUGUCCGUCACAGAGGGGCUCAAAGACCACCUGGGGGAGUUGAAGGAGACCUACUUACGCCACUCGCGCCUCCUCAGCAUCCACACAGCGCAGCUGGAGUCCAACGAGGAGCACUUCAGAGAGCUCGAAUCCACCUCGUACGACGGCAAGCUUAUCUGGAAGCUCCGCGACUACCGCAAGAGGAAGGAGGCCGGGGCUCGAGGCCAGGGACCGUGCCUGAGCAGCGCACCCUUCCACACGAGCCGCAGUGGCUACAAAAUGGCCGCCAGGGCCUACCUGAACGGCGACGGGGCCGGCCGGGAGACCCACCUGUCUCUCUACGUGGUCCUCAUGAGGGGUGACUUCGACCCCCUCCUGCCCUGGCCCUUCAGACAACCUGUGUCAUUGUCAGUGCUGGACCAGAGUGGCACCAACAACCACCUGACUAUGAGUUUCAAACCCGACCCAGAAAACACUAGUUUCCACCGGCCCGGCUUGGCCACUGCAACCACCAACGUGGCCUCUGGUUUCCAGUGCUUUGCCUCGCAUGCCCAGCUGGAGACGCCCAAGAACGCCAUCUACGUGAGAGACGAUACACUCUUUGUUAAGGUCAAGGUGGACACAAGCGGUUUGGAGGACUUGUAGAAGGGCCUUAAAGAACUGGUUGGAGAUAAUUUCAAAAACAGUUAGCUAAUGCUACAAAGCUCAGUGCAGGCCAAUGCCUCAGCUGCACUCCAAAUUUAGCAAAGUAAGCAAACAGAUACAUUGUCAGCAAGUCCAUGCAUUUUCCCCCAGAUACUUAAAUGAUAAAGCAAUACAGAUAUUGCAGUGAAUUGCUUUAGCCUUGUCUGCAGACUGCUUGUAUGUGUUCACUGAGGAUUCAAGUGUAAAUGCUCCCCACAGAUAUUAUAUUGAAUUAUAUUUUGGGGUUAAAGUCCUACAAUCAGAGAGCAUGCAAUCUAUUAAUUGUUAAUUCAUGACAUCUCAGGGAUUUUAAUGGACAGCUGUUGAAUACACUUUAUAAUACCUUUACUGAAUAAGCCAAUAGACAGUACAUGUUGAAGGUUUAUAUAAAUUCGUAUACAUUAUUUUGAAAUGUUAUAAACGUUUAAAAAAUAUAAUGCUUAUUCAUGUAAGUUAUUAUAAAGUGUUACCAUUGAUGAGUGAAUUGUUUCAUGCUUUUUUCCUUCAAUUGAUUAAUGAAUUGUUUCAUGUGUUUUUCCUUACAUUUUGUGGUUACAUGCAUAACAACACUUAUGUGCAUCACAUCUCAUAUCCAGUCAGUAAAUAUGUAGACUGUGGUUGUGAGAUACCAUGAAUUUGUCCUACUAUGCGUUUGAUAGAGAUUUUUGUGUGGGGAACAAUCUUUAGUAACAUUUUCCUACGUACUGUAUCUGAAACCACUGUAGGAUGGACAUGAACCUCCACAAUGACAGUGUGUGUGGGUCCUUACUCUUAUGAAUGUGUGUGUUAACGGUAAAGAAACAUUAUGUGAGCUUUCAUGUAAAACAUUAUGGGAUGCCAAUGCAUAAUAAAGGAUACCUCAGAUACAGGUAUGCAGCUCUAUUAUACAUUUCUAUGGGAAUGGGGUGCUUUUCUGGGUAAAUACUGAAAUACCAAGGCUGGGAUUCAAUCCGAGGCACGUUAUAGAGCAGCGCACUAAGCGAAAGAAAAUGAAUGUGAUCUAUGCUAAAUAAAUUGCCUUUAAAAGAUG